CGACAACGCCUGUGUAACGACACAACUGUAGAUUUGAUCUCGGAAUUUAUUCAUACAGUACCCUACUGUCAAGGCAUACGGAUUCGUUAAUUUCAACAGGACUUAACGAUUAAAAAUGGUCGAAAGUGGUGUUCGAAAUCGGACGAAGCGUUCUGACACUGCAAACCGUCGUCGACCGCGCAGAAUACUGUCGUUACCCACUCCUCUGUUGAGACGGAUGGCCAGAAGAAUGUCCCUAAGCUCAGAAUUGGUUAAUGACACCGUUCGAGUCCUUGAUAAUGAUACGGAGAUACGGAACCUAGAGUUAAUGGUGGCCACGGCACCGUUAACGCUCAUUAGGGAUAAUCCCAUGACUUGGACGUUGUUCAUGAGGGGCUUCGGAGUCGCGCGUUAUUUGAUGCAGAUGGGUAGUGACCUGCAGCGGGGCCGGCAGGAACAAGAUCCACAUGCUCAGUCUGAGGCUCCUCUGCAUAACCCGCCAACGACAGAAGAGAUCAUACCAUUAUCAGUGUUGUUGGCGAACGAGGAUUCGACAUCGACGGUGCAGGAUUUAGACCUGUUUACUGAGACGUUGGAAGUGGAACCAACCUCGCCGGAGGUGGUACCUUCAUUAGAGGAAGGACGUUUAAGAGAGAUGGAUGCGUCAGUGGAGGAAGCUGUGAUACCCGUAGACGAGGAUACUAUGCCUCCAUGGUUUGAAGAGGCUUUGGCAGAUGUUGAUCAACCCGAGUCGAUCGAGCAGCCCGAUUCGAUGGAACCGUCCGGGUCUAUUGAACAGCCCGGGCCGAUGGAGCAGCCUCAGCUUAUACGGGCGGAGGAGGAAAUUGUACCGCCGUUAUUGGAGCGGGAUUUGGCAACGGAACAUUAUUAUAUCUUUGACGCAGAUGACCUAACAUUAUGAACAAUAACCUCCAGCUAUAGUACGGUGGAAAUAAAAACUACUCCAACACCGACCAGUAUAUUUUAUGAUUUUUUAUUUUAACAUAUUUAUUAUUAAUAUUAAUGAACAAAUCGCU